AUGCCGUUCGAUCACCAACCCCACCCUCAUCUUACCUUGCAGAACGAUCAUCCGAUACACAGCCAUUCAUUCUAUUCAAAUAUUCUUAUAAAUUCCAGCUCAACUGACCCCAUUUAUCCUUUACCGUAUGUUAUUAGAAAUCAGAACGGUAGUCUGAUCGUCAGCUGUCCAUCUGAACGUCAAUUGGCAUGGGGUCCUCAAUCUGAAAAUGGAAUUGCCUGCAAGUUCUUUUGGAUGCCUUUUAUCGGUUCAUUAUCCUUUACAAACGAUGCGGGUAAUCUGAAUGAUAUCAGUCUCAGUGACAUGUCUUCAUUUUUCGUAAAUAUUACUCUCAAAACUUCUGCCUCUAGUAAUUCUUCUUUGAGGGUACCAAUUUCAAGAGGCUCGGCUUUCGUCACAGGUAUUUACAGCAGAAUCAAACCAGUCCUAAGAUCACAGCUUGCGUUUGAGGAUAGCUUGCCAAGCUCUGAAAAUAGCUCCAAGCAGCUUGUAAGCUGUAACGAUGGUGGCAAAUGGGUCAUAUACACUUGGCCUCCCAUACGUUGGACUAAGGAUGACAUGCAUACCCUUUCGCCAGUCAACGCAGACGACUCCUGGUGUGGUACUGUGCAGAUUGCCAAGCUAUCUGAUGAGGAGACUUCUAGCGUUGCCAUCUAUGACAGCUUUUGCGGGUCUUGGUCUGAGGGUAUGGAGCUAAAGACAUCUUUUCCUAGUGCUAAAUCGGGCACUUAUUGCUUCAAGCACAAGCAGAAUACGACUGCAAAAUCUACACUGUUUCAUCUUUUACCACACCAUCUGAACUCAUUAAUACUAGAAAAAGGAGUAAAGCAAGAAAGGCUAUCUUUAAGCACUCCCUCGAAUGGUCCAACUUCAUUGGUUUCAUCGAUAACUGGUGAAUUUUCAUUCAAACACACAUUGCCAUCUAUGCAAUUACAACCACAGCGCUUUAAUUUACAAUCGCCCACCGAAGGUUUGUGGCUUGAACAAACACUACGAGAAGAGCUCUCCUUAGACUGGCUGUCGAAGGUAUCGAGUGAGCCGAGCUUGUAUUUUGCUGGUAAACUUGUCGGGAGACUCGCUAAUGCGGUAGUAAUCGCCUAUUACGUGCUCUCUAAUCACGACUUAAACACAUUUGCAUCAGAUAUUCUUAGCAGCUGCCUUGAUCUUCUUCUAAGCGACAAAAGACCUUUUCCCCUUAUUUACGAUACUACAAUCGGUGGAAUCAUUUCAUCUGCAGCUCAUGUCACGAACGAUCCUUUGUCGGAUUUUGGCUCGUCGUUUUAUAAUGAUAUACACUUUCACGCUUCGUAUCUGGUUUACGCAGGUGCUGUCUUGCUUUCGCAGCAAGCACUAUCCAGUGAUCUCAAGGCGAAGCUAUCUGAGAUAGUGAACUCUGUCAACUCUUUAAAAGAUACUAGUCAAUUUUGUGCUCAUAGAGCAUUCGAUUGGUACGUGGGCCAUUCAUGGGCGAGGGGUUUGAUACCAAACACAGACGGCAAGGAUGAAGAAAGCACAUCUGAGGCGGCGCACUUCUAUUAUUCUGCCUCACUUUUCGCUGAAGGGAUUGGUGAUACAGUUCAAUCACUGACAGCUCGUCUCCAAUUAGCUGCCAUGCAAACAUCAACAAGCCACUAUCGCCUUCUGGACGAUAGUAACACAUGCAUGCCGCCCCGCUGGCGUGGAAAUAGAGUUGGUAUGUGUUUCGAAAAUAAGCGUGAUCAUGGCACUUGGUUCUCUCAAGAUAUCCAUUGCAUACAUGGCAUUCACAUACUGCCACUAUCACCCAUUACUCCUUACAUUAGGAAUCCAGAUUUCAUAUCGCAGGAGUUUGAAUCUCAUUUGCGUUCUGUCCUUCCCACAAACAGUGGUUGGGAUGCGGUAAUUCUGACUAAUUGGGCUUUUUCAAGCUAUCAAGAGGCAGCAAAGUACGUCAAGUAUUGGGUAGAGAACGCUCCAGACGCAAGCUUCGAUCCUGGAUUAUCGAGAUGUUGGGCGUGGGUUUUGGCAGCGAGUAAUAUCAAAUGA